UGUGUUUCGCCUUCGCAUUGCCAUUCGCUCGCGCUCGCUCUGCCGCCGCCGUCGUCGUCGUCGUCGUCGUCGCCGCCGUCGCUGUCGACGCAGCGAGUUCUCGGUCUGUUCGCCUCGUUGCUAUUGCUGCCCGUUGUUGCCGUCGCCGUUUUCAGUUUUUGUUUGACGUUCGCGUGGUGCGCUCGCAUGUUGCGGCCCGUUAUCGUAAUCGACAUCGAUACGUACCGUUACCGUUACCGUUGACGUUGCCAUUGCCAUUACCAUUACCGUGGCCGUUGUCGUUGCCGUUAUCGUUGCCUCUGCCGUUCUUUCGCAAGACGUUGCCAAAAAGAACAAAAUAAAUAAAUAAAUAAAUAAAACGAAAACAUCAACAAAAUAAUCAACAAAAAGCCGUGCAACCGAACACAACAGCAACAACAACAACAACAACAAGAAGCCAAAUUUGUUAAACAGCUGUUCUCUGGCACUCUCUCUUCUUCUUGUUUCGCUGCCCCAACUGCUGCCCCGUCGCGUUGCGCGUCCCUACCAAGCGUCGCGUUGCGUUUCGAUGCGAUUCGAUUUUUUUUCGAGCACACAAGAAUUUGUUGCCCAAGUUUUUUUCAAGUGAGUUACUUGCCAAGGAAUACAACAACAACAACAAGAAAAAGCUUCGCCUGCAAAAGAAAGUGCCAAGUGGAUUACAACAACAACAUCAACUACAACAACAACAAGAAGAAGAAGUUUAACAACAUACACAAAUCAAAACAACGACAACAACAACAACAACAACAAAUAAAUAUCAGCUGCCAGCUGUCGCGUGUUUUGCCGCCGGCAUUAAACACAACACAACAACAAACACACACGUGCUCCACACAUCUCGCGCGCUCUCUCCCACACACUCUCCCUCUCUCUUUAUCGCUCUGUCCUUUGGUAUCCACCUCUCUCUCUCUCUCUGUCUCCACUGGUCGCGCCCGCAUCCGCAUUUACGCUCAGCCCCGUGUGUGAGUGUGUGUGCGCGUUCGUCGCGUCAGUGCGUGUGUGUGCGUGUCAUUAUCAGCGUGACCAUUAUCAUCUCGCCCCCCAGCCUCGAUAUAUUCGAUAACAAAAUUCUCACCGAGGCAUCCAAAGCGCCCCUCAGGGCUGUCGCGCUGGCGUCAUUUCUGGGCGACGGUUUUGCCGCCCUCGGUAGCCGAGCACCACCCGUCAAGGAUCUAAUGGCAUUUGGUGCGGUCCUCCACACAAAUCAGCACAACAUAGGUCGCAGCGAGCCGCCGGUCGGCGUGGGCGAUCCUUGUGCCGGUUGCAAUAAGCCGAUAUUGGACAAAUUUCUGCUGAAUGUCCUGGAACGAGCCUGGCACGCGUCCUGUGUGCGAUGCUGCGAGUGCCUGCAGCCCCUGACAGACAAAUGCUUCAGCCGCGAGUCCAAGCUGUAUUGUCGCAACGAUUUCUUCAGACGUUACGGCACCAAGUGCAGCGGCUGCGGUCAAGGGAUUGCGCCCUCGGACCUGGUGCGUAAGCCGAGGGAUAAGGUGUUCCACUUGAACUGCUUCACAUGCUGCAUUUGCCGCAAGCAGCUGAGCACCGGCGAGCAGCUCUACGUGCUGGAUGACAAUAAGUUUAUCUGCAAGGACGACUAUCUGCUGGGCAAGGCGCCAUCCUGCGGCCACAACUCGCUGAGCGAUUCAUUAAUGGGCUCGGCGAGCGAAGACGAAGACGACGAUGAUCCGCCACAUUUGCGUGGACCGGCGCUGGGAUUGGGCGUGCUUGGACCGAAUGGGCCAGACUCAGCGGGUGGACCGUUGGGCACCUCGGAUAUAUCAGUACAAAGCAUGAGCACCGAUAGUAAAAAUACGCAUGACGAUUCCGAUCAGGGCUCCUUGGACGGUGAUCCCGAUGGACGCGGCGAUUCUCAGGCGGAGAACAAAAGUCCCGACGAUGCCAACGGCUCGAAGCGACGCGGACCCCGCACCACCAUCAAGGCCAAACAGCUGGAGGUACUGAAAACGGCAUUCAAUCAGACACCGAAACCGACACGCCAUAUUAGGGAGCAACUGGCCAAGGAAACGGGACUGCCCAUGCGCGUGAUACAGGUCUGGUUCCAGAACAAGCGAUCCAAGGAGCGUCGCAUGAAGCAAAUCACCAGCAUGGGCCGUCCGCCGUUCUUUGGCGGCGCGCGCAAGAUGCGCGGCUUUCCCAUGAAUCUCUCGCCGGGCGGGCUAGACGAUGGACCCGGCUUUCCCUACUUUGCUGCAGACGCUAAAUUCGAGUUUGGCUACGGCGGGCCCUUCCAUCCGCACGACGGCCCAUUCUUUCCCGGCCAUCCCGGCGGACCGAUGCCCUUCAAUGCGCCAGGUGGGCCAAUGGAUCACAGUGGUCCCAUACCGAUGGUGAACGAAUUUGGCCUGACGCCCGAGUCAACAUUUCUGAGUCAGGCGGGCGCACCGCCAAUGCAGCUGCAGACGGCUGUGGGGCCGCCGCCGCCGCCACCGCCAAAUGCCGCCGAGCACUUGCUGCAACAGGCGGCCGCGCAGCAGCAGCAGCAGCAGCAACAGCAGCAGCAGCAACAACAGCAGCAGCAGCAGCAGGCGGCCCAGAAUGCGCAACAAGCAAGCCAAACGCAACAGCAGCAACAACAAAAUGGCCCGCGCACCGCAUCUCCAGAGUUCAUGAGCUCGGCGAACUUCAGCGAACCGCAGAAUAUGCAAAAUGAAGGGCUUGUUUGGUAAUAUACAAAACAGUUGGCAACGCGCCUGCUGUUUCUCAAGACCUACACGCAGCGGCAGCAGCAGCACCACCAACAGCAACAACAAUACGAGGAGGAGUAGCAGCUAGAGCCAGAACAACAGCAACCACAACAACAACAACAGCAGCAGCAAUGACAAAGCUUCGUCGCGUCGUCGUCGCGUCGUCGUCGUCGUCGUCGUCGUCGUUGUCGUCGUCGUCUCUGCCGCCGCCCACUGCGCGUACACUAUUGCCAUCUCGCUCCGCCACACUAGCGACUCGUAAGCAGCACGCGUCGUAUACGAGCGAGAGGGCUGCUGCAUUGCGCGCUCGCUCUCUCGCAAUUCAAAUGAGGAGAAGUCUCGUCGUCGUUGGCUGGCCCUGCCCCGCACCCCCGCCGCAACGCCUAGCCCAUAAACCAAAAUGCGCUGCCUUUGGCCAAAAACAGCUGCUCAGCUUUGGUUUCGUUGUUUUUAUUAUUAUUCUGUUUAUUGUUUUAGUCUUCUUUUUUUACGACUGCGCCAAAAUAUUUGUAAAUUAUUUUUAAAAAUUUAUAGCGAAAACAAAGCAAAAACAAAACAAAACAAAACAAAAAUCUCUAAAUGUACAUUGAAUGGGCGCUGCACAUAAAGCUAUAUAUAUCUAUAAAUAUUUAUAUAUAUAAAUAUAUAAAUGUUUUUUUUUUUAUUAUUAUUAAUCUAACUAAUGCAAGGAAAAGCUAAAAAUGUAAAAGUAAAAAAGUAAAACACAUUACUAAACGUCUUGUCUGUAAUAAACUAUUUAUGUGUAUGUGUGUAUAAAAAUAAAACAGUAAAAAUAAAACGAAAAACAUUAAAAACAAAAUCACAAAUACGUAGCCUAAAAAUC